AUGCAUUUACCACCGCCUGAACCUCGGGACAGCGAGUUAUAUACAUAUAUGGAUCCUGUCCAUGCACCGGCUUAUUUCGAACCUUUUGAUGACAUGGUCGGCCCGGAUCUUCAGCAGUUUACCGAAUUGGCGGCAUCUCACGACCAGUCGGAGAGCAGUCAGAUAUUCUCACCAGAUACGAGAAGACUUCAAACUCAACAUACCACUGAAGGUUAUCGUGAUGGUAUUACCGCUGGCAAAGCCGAAAGCAUGCAGGCUGGGUUCGAUGAAGGGUUUGACCUGGGCGCCGAACUCGGAUUAAAGGCUGGUCGAUUACUAGGACUUCUUGAAGGUAUGGCUGCAGCUUUGAGAGAAAACAGCCUCAAUAGCUCAGCGCAUAUGGACAACCUUUUGUUAGAUGCAUCAAAGGAGCUGCGCACCGAGGUGAUAUUCGCAGAGGAAUAUUGGACCUCAGAUGGUAGUUGGAAAUAUUCCGUGAGAGGAUCUGGAGGUGAUGGUAAAAUAUCGAUCGAGGACGUGGUAAAGGAACAUCCGGUUAUGUUAAAGUGGGAUGAGCUCAUCAAGCGGGAGGUCCAGAAGUGGAAAUUAAAUUAA